GGAAGAGAAAAUCAAGAUCGGGCCAUUCUCUUUAGUGUUUGCCCUGUUCUCCCAAUGUCCACCUCCUCACCGCCCGCAUUUUGAUAUAAAAAUAUCAUAGACUGGCUCUUGAAACUGGCCAUUAGCCAAAGCAAACGAUAGCAAAUCAACGUGUAUUAUGGAGUAACUAAAAACUGAACAGAAGGAACGACGAGGCAGAGCUUACAUUCAGACCUCCUCAAUCAACAGUUCCUCCCACUUUGGCAUUCACCAUUGCUGCACUACAAAGUUCUUAUCUUGACCUCAGUCGACGAUUGACUAAAAUAGACCAACAAGGAUGUCCCAGCUCCAGUUUCAGUGUCCGGCUAGUCCCAUGCCUGCUGCCUCAGCUCCAAUGCAGCUGGGGCAGCCACAGCCUGGCUACAGCAUCCCCUGUGCGUCAGGCACCCUACCCUCGGAGAGCGCCAGCCAGCCCAUCAGGAGCUCUGCGCUCCCUGCGGGCUCAGCCACUCCCUACAGUACCACCACAGUAUCUAACAUGGCAAACCCUAAAGAGAAGACCCCCAUGUGUUUGGUGAAUGAGUUAGCCCGUUUCAACAAGAUUCAACCUGAGUAUAAGCUGCUGUGUGAGCAAGGACCAGCUCACUCAAAGAUUUUCUCGGUAAGGCUCACACUGGGAGAUCAGCACUGGGAGGCAGAGGGGACCAGCAUCAAGAAAGCCCAGCAUUCCGCUGCUGCAUCUGCCCUAGCUGAGACGACACUUCCCAAGCCCACCGUGAGGACGCCCCGCAACACAGGCAAGAACCCAGCAGAUGGCAUGACACAUACCAUGGAGUUAAAUGCACUUUGUAUGAAGCUUGGUAAAAAGCCCAUGUAUAAACCCAUCGACCCCUACCCGGCGAUGAGACCACCAAACUUCAAUUACAAUGUCCGGGCUCCAGGACCUUACCAGCGCUCUAUGCAACAGUACUAUUACCCAUUUCCUCCAGUGGGACCAAUGAUAUACCACAUGGAGCUUUCCAUCGGAGGCCAGCAGUUUAUUGGGAAGGGACGCACACGGCAGUUGGCCAAACAUGACGCUGCUGCCAAGGCCCUGAAAGUGCUGCACAAGGAGCCAAUAUUGCAGCAGCUGCCAGUGAUGAACGGAGAGCCCGAGGAGGAAGAGAACCUCAACAAAUCAGAAAUCAGUCAAGUGUUUGAAAUUGCACUUAAACGCAACUUACCUGUCAACUUUGAGGUUUUAAAGGAAGAAGGCCCUCCCCACAUGAAGAGUUUUGUAGUGCGUGUUACAGUCGGGGAAUUCACUGGAGAGGGCGAAGGAAAAAGUAAAAAGAUUGCCAAGAAGUUGGCAGCAGCAGCGGUGCUGGGGGAGUUGAAGAGGCUACCCCAUAUACCCAGUGUGGAAAAGACGCUGCCACGCAUCAAAAAGAAAACCAAAUCCAUCAUCAAACUGCAGACCAGCCCAGAGUAUGGCCAGGGAAUGAAUCCCAUUAGCCGCCUGGCUCAGAUCCAGCAGGCCAAGAAGGAGAAGGAGCCAGAGUACAGCAUGGUGACGGAGAGAGGUCUACCUCGCCGUAGGGAGUUUGUCAUGCAGGUGACAGUGUGCGGCCAGACUGCAGAGGGAAUGGGACCUAGUAAGAAGGUGGCCAAGAGGAACGCAGCAGAGAAAAUGCUGGAGCUCUUGGGAUAUAAAGUGCCUCAGCCUCAGCCCCCUAAACCGGCACUUAAAACUGAUGAAAAGACUCCAGUGAAAAAACCUGGUGAUGGGCGCAAAGUGACCUUCUUUGAACCUGGCUCUGUAGAGGAGGUGGCAUUGAGUUCCAAGGAGGAGGACUUCCGCCUGCCUUACUUGAGCCACCAGCAGCUGCCUGCAGGUAUCCUGCCCAUGGUCCCUGAGGUGGCUCAGGCAGUCGGGGCCUGCCAAGUGACCCAGGCCAAGGACUACAGUCGAGCUGUACCCAACCCAGGCAAGGCCACAAUCACUGCCAUGAUUGCCAACGAGCUGCUUUACGCAGGGACAUCAAUGACUGCUGAGACUAUCCUAAAGAACAAAAAUAAUUUGAACCAGCUGCCCCACGGACCCCUCACCAGGCCUUCGGAACAGCUCAGCUUUCUUGCGGCGGUGCAGGGCCUGCAGGUGGAAUACAAAGACUUUCCCAAAAACAAUAAGAAUGAGUUUGUGUCACUGAUUAAUUGCUCCUCCCAGCAACCGCUCAUCAGUCAUGGGAUUGGGAAAGAUGUAGAAUCCUGUCAUGAUAUGGCUGCAUUGAAUAUAUUGAAGUUACUCUCGGAGUUGGACCAGCAGCCAAAUGAAAGGACAGGAAAUGGACCAGUUUCUCGGUGCGGCAAGCAGGAAAUCGAAGGUGACAUGCACCUCAAACAGGCUAACUCAAGCACAUUGGCACAGACCCUGGAUGGCACUGUUUAGAUGAUCAGGUUUGGUUGUCAUUAAAAGCACUAGAGAAAACUCAGACACUGUGUUCUUAGUUUUAGACGGCUACAGGAAGCUUCUGACGCUGUAGGCUCUAAACCAUCACUGUUCAUAUUCAUCGUUCCAAAAAAUGUUCACAGUUAAACAAGAUUGAUUGGAAAAAAAAUAGGUUCUUCCCCUUGAUGUUGUUUAAUUGUUCACAGUAUUUAUUUUGUUGCUUUGUAGAAAAAGUAGCUGCAUCCUAGUCAACGAGAUCGGGGUUUACUUGUUGGGAAAAAAAAAGAAGCGAUUUACUGUGAAUUCUGUUUUGUUUUGCCUAGAACUUGUUUCCUCUCUGUGAGACCUUCUAACUCUUGUUUUUAAGUCUUUUACGUUUUAUCCCCGCGCUGAGGUAGUUCAUCAAGUAAAAUCUUCUAAAGGUUUGGACCUCGUCUUUGUCUAGGGUGCAGCUGGCGAACCUCUGUUGAUUUUCCUAGAGUGCUUUAUAUCAACAACCACAAGUGAAGUGUUAUUGACAUUACCAUGUAGGGCCGGGAAGAAUUUGUGACUAAAUGUAGCGUGUGAUGUAAUGUGACGUUGUCUCUGCUGUGUGUGGCAGGGACAUUUCCCUGUUGCGUCAGUUCCCCCGAUACUCCCUUUUCCUCCCUUAUGUCAACCUCCCUUUUCUCUCCGCUCCCCAUGGUAAUUAAACUUGCGUGCUUACGUGCACAAAACAAA